AUGGCUCCAAAUACGGGGAAUAAAGCUUUAGAAUCCUCAGAGGAACCAAUAGUUCCAAAAAUUGAAAAUAUUCAAAAGAAUGUGCUCACCAAGAGAAAGACAACAAUAGAUAUCCCAGCAUCUGAAUCAUUUAAAGUUAAUGGCCAAUCAGGGAAUGUCAGGAGUCCCAUGAUUUCUUCAUAUGUCGGAUGGAAAGAAAUUGGUGGCUGGGAAGAAAGAGACGCAUUGACAAUUGAUGACGAACUGAUGCUUGUAAAUGACGAAACUUUUUUCGAUAAUUUUAUACCUGACAAGUUUUUUGGUGACUGGUAUCAUUCGGUUGCCAUAUUAGGAGUAGCAGGCUUACUUUCUUUUCUAAUUGGUUAUUUUAAAUUUUCCAUGGCUCCAAUGUUUUAUGUAGCCACUGUGGCCUCUGUACUAUACAGAACCUCUUCCAAAAAAUAUAGAUCAAAGUUGAGGGAUUUGGUUCAAAAAGAAUUCACCGUUCAAAAAAUCGAAUCUGAUUAUGAAUCAAUGGAGUGGUUGAAUCAUACAUUAAGCAAAUUGUGGCCUCUUAUCGAACCACAUGUAUCUAAGGAAAUUGUCAUGCAGGUCAACCAGAUUCUUUUAAAAGAAAAAUCGAUUCCAAAGUUUAUAAAAGCCCUCUGGAUUGAUCAAUUUACACUUGGUGUUAAACCCCCACGUAUUGAUAGCGUUAAAACAUUUCCAAAUACCGAUCGUGACAUCGCUGUGAUGGAUUGGACUCUAUCGUUUACACCACAUGAUCAUUCCGACAUUAAUGCAAAGAAAAUGAAAAAUUAUGUGAAUCAGUAUAUAGUGGUGAAGGCUAAAUUAUUUGGUUUGACCAUACCCGUUAGAGUUUCAGAUAUUUCAUUCGAAGUUAAUACAAGAUUAAAAUUCAAACUAAUGGAAGCAUUCCCACACGUGGAGACAGUAAAUGUUCAAUUGUUGGAAGUCCCGGACAUUGAUUUUAUAGCUACUCUCUUUGGCACUUCAAUUUUCAACUGGGAAAUUCUAUCACUUCCUGGACUACACUCAUUUAUCAACCAAAUGGCCGCCAAAUAUAUGGGUCCUAUCGUAUUGCCACCAUUUUCUUUCCAAUUGAAUUUACCAAAAUUACUUUCCAAAUCUCCUUUAUCUAUAGGUGUUCUUGAAAUUAAGAUAAAAAAUGCAGAAAAGUUGAAACUAGAUGCUUCCACGUUGGGCACCAAGAAUGAUUCGCACAAUUUAUACUUACAAUUCAAAACCCAAGAUAAAAUUAUUGGAAAAAGUAAAGUAAUUUCCUGUACGAGCAAUUGCACUUGGAAUGAAAGCAUAUACGUAUUGUUAGACUCGUUUACAGAGCCUUUAGCCAUAAGUUUAUUGGAGAAGCGUGAAAUAUUGAAAGAUAAAAUAUUGGGAAGUCUUGGUUAUAAUUUGGAUUCACUGAAUAAAAAGGUAGGCAAAGAGAUGAACUGUUCUACAACUUUCCUGAGAAGUUCUAAGCCAGUCGGGAACCUAAAUUUUACUCUACGUUUCCAUCCUACUCUUGAGAAGAAGAAAUUACCUGAUGGUACCAUCGAAGAAUUACCUGAAUUGAAUACAGGUAUAUCUAAGAUCGUGAUAGAAAGAGCUCGUGGGUUUAAUGAUGACGAGACUAACAAACAAUUAUCACUGUACAUAGAGUUAUAUGUGAACGGUGCUUUAGUACUCACUACAAAGAAGAAAAAAUCCGGGGAUGAUAGCAUAUUUGAGUGGAAAAAUGGUUUUGAGUUUAUCGUAACGAACCGUCGCAGAGCAAAGGCUAAAUUUGUCAUCAAAGAUGGUAAGACAAAUGCUGAAAUAGGUGUUCUAGUUGAGAAUUUAAAUGACUUGAUAGAUAGACAAGAAAUUCACAAGAACUGGAUACCUGUAAAUAGUGAUGGUGCGGAACUAAAAGUGACGACACACUGGAGACCAGUUGAACUAGGUAAUAAUGCUGACUCCUUAAUAUAUAACCCACCAAUUGGUACCGUAAGGGUCCUAAUUAAUAAAGCUAAUCAUUUGAAGCACACGAAGAGAAUAGGUCCCGUGGAUACUUAUGCCAAAGUUAUGGUGAAUGAUGUAAUUAGAGGAAAAACUAUAGAAAAAUACCAGUCAUCAGAUCCGAUCUGGAACGAGGCAAUUUAUGUCACUGUAACAUCUCCAAAUCAGAAAAUUACCAUAGAAUGUAUGGCUCUUGAGCCACUUGGACCAGAAAUUUCUCUUGGUAAAUUUGUUUUACCAACACAGAAUUUGUUCGAUAAGGGUAUUGAUGGAAAAUAUGUUGAACACAUUGAAGAAGGGCAUAUCACUAGCAAAUUGAUUAAUUCAAAAGGGAGUUCAAAUGGUGAAAUCGUAUACUACCUCUCUUUCUAUCCAACGGUUCCAGUUUUAAGUCCUGAAGAAAUCAAAGAUUUAGAAAGAAUUAAUAAAAGAAAGAAACUUCUUGAAGAGGACAAGAAGGCUAAGGAAUCAAACGGUAUGAAAUUGAAUAGAAGCGAUACAGAUUUUUUCUCUAAGGAGGAAAAUAAAAUUAAAGACAUUGAGAGUAUGUUUAGCAAUAAAAUGAAAUUGACACUUGAUGAGUUAUUAAGUUAUAACUCAGGUGUUUUCGCUUUUUCCAUAUUAUCUGGUGAACUGCCCUUACCAGGUCUGUACGUUCAGGUAUUCCUUGAUUCUGAACCAUACGCACGUAUAACUUCUCAAAGAGUCUCUUUAAGAACAAUAAAGACUGGCUUGCUUGCUGACUAUAUGGUUAAAGAAUUAGAAUGGUCGGUAACGACCCUUAGAGUCGUGACUAAACCGAACAGUAGCCGUGAUGAUGAAUGUGUAUGUGAGGCAAUUAUCCCUACGAUUGAAUUAAUCAGGAACUGUUACGAUAAUCCGUCGAUUGUUACAUUGGUGGGUAAAAGAUCAGCUAAAGUAGUGAUUCAGGCUUCAUGGUUCCCUAUAAAUGUUACAAAAUUACCACAAGCCGAUCUAAUUACAAAUACUGGUGACUUAAAGAUCAGUGUGAUUCAAGGGAAGGAUAUAACUGAUAAUACAAAUGGCCAGUGCAAUCCAAUGGUCAAAGUAUAUCUAAAUGACAGCACAGAAUCUGUCUUCAAGACCAAAGCCGUGAAGAAGACUACCAAUCCAGUUUGGAAUGAGACAAGCGAGAAAAUUCUUUUAAGUAAUAGGGUCAAUGAAUACUUGAAAUUCAAAGUUUUUGAUAGUCGUGUGGGGAAAAAUAGUACUGUGAUAGACGAAGGUAUACUACCAUUGAGUAAAAUCAAUCCAGAAAGCGAGGAAAACGAACUUACAGUCCCACUGAAGAAUAAUAAUGGGCUGCUUGAACUAAAUUUGAAAUUUGAACCAAGAUAUGCGUAUAAACUCGAUAAACCCCCAACAAAUGUCACUGAUUUUUCCUCCAAGGGAAUAAACAGUGGUAUCAAAGUGGGUGCGACGGUCGUAGGUGUAGGAGCUACUGGCCUUGGCAAGAUCAAAACUACCCUUUUCUGA